AUGGAAGAGAAGAAUGGAAGGACUAAUGAUGGGAAAAGGAUGGAAGGGCCGAUGAUGGGAGAGAAGAAGUAUGGAAGGACCGUUGAUGGGGGGGAGAAGGAUGGAAGGACUGAUGAUGGGAGAGGAAGGAUGGAAGGACUGAUGAUGAUGGGAGAGAAGGAUGGAAGAAUUGCCCCCCUCCACCAGUCUUUGCCCUCCCCAGUGCCACCUCUGCUCUCCCCUAUUGCCUUCCUAGAGUCGGUCUCCGCCCAUCCCCCCGCCACCAUUCAAUGUUCAUUUCCACCCGAUGCCAUCCAGCGCCCAUCUCUCCCACAGCGCCAGCCAGUGCCAGAAAUAUUCACCCGCAGGGCACCGAGGAUUCACCUUGUCCCCUCGUCCGUGAAUGUGAGCUCCCUUCCGCCAUCUAUGAAGAGAGACCAUUCCAACAUGGACGCACACGUGUAUCAGGUGUCGGUGACGUUCCAUGACGUGGCGGCCUGUUUCUCAGCGGAGGAGUGGAGUGCGCUGGAGGACUGGCAGAAGGAUCUUUAUAAGAAGGUGAUGAUGGAGAUCCACUCCGCCCUGCAGGGGAUGGGCUUCGAGAUCCUCAACCCUGACGUCUUGUUCCGGAUUAAGAAGGUGAAAGACCUGUACGUCGACCUCUCUGAUGCGGACAGGGCGGUCACCAAUUCAGCAUCUUCUCCGAGAGAGUCUAUCACAGUAGUGAAGCAAGAACCGAGACCCAACCUGGAUUCAUGCCGGAGGAGAGGAGGAAAGGCGAACAGACACCCGGCCUGCACGCCAGAUCUACUACUGAGGAUACAGCAAGAUGAUUCCUCCUGUUACCGAGAUAUUUCGCCACGGAGCCCCGCCCAUAGCGCAGUUCAGCAAUUCAGCCUGGUCACCUCCCCGCCCCUGGCCUGUAGCUGGACGGUGAAGGAGCAGACUGAUGAGGUCAUCUCUCUGAUCUCACCUCUCAGCAUGUUCAUUGUCAGCACAUUCAGUCAGUCUUGUUAUUCAACUUCCAAUUGUCGCCAUUGUGUUUCAUGCUGUGUGUUACACAAUACCCAACAACCCUGUGUCCUCUUCUCUUUGUGUGCAGCUGACACCACCAUCACCUCUGCCUUCUCAAAACAAAAAGACACAGAGGAGAAGGAGAUCCAUCCUGUGGAGAGGUCGGAGGUCAGGGUCAACCAGUCACACCGACAGAUCGCCUCCCAACCAAUCAAACAGGAGAAGUUGGACUAUGUCAAGGUGUCAGUGGGAGAGCCCAACUGUAACAGUAGCACGGUUACUGCUAGAGGACAGAUGAUGACGUCACACACCGCGAAACCUGAAGAUGACCACGCCAAGGUGGCAAUGAGGAGCCACGGGUCAGAGAGUACCGGAGCCAUAGCGAGAGGGCAGGUAACGUUUAAGCCCAUCAAACAAGAAGAGAUGGACUAUGUUAAGGUGUCUGUGGGCAGCCAGCGGCCGGAUGACACUACACCAGCUAGAGACAGCGACGUCGCCGUGAGGCUCCAAGAGAUGACGGAAAUGUGGACAAACCGGGCAGCUGAAGCAAGAGAAGCAAGCGAGCGGUCCAACCAAGAGAAUCGGCAAGAGGUCUCGGAGCUGGAAGACGGUCCAGGCACAGAGUACUUCCUGGAUGGCUCAUUCUAUCGAUGGAACGGAUGGCACAAUCACGUGGGGAUCCUGUCGCCGCUUCCCCAGCACAGGAGGGACCGUCCCUACCAGUGCAGCGAAUGUACUAAAACCUUCUCGGACCUCCCCCGUUUCCUCCGACACCAGAUCGGCCACACCGGCGGACGGCCGUACCACUGCCGUCACUGCAUAAAGACUUUCCGGCAGCCCUAUGAGCUAAUGGUCCACCAGAGGGUGCAUACAGGGGAGAAGCCUUACCAAUGCACGGUGUGUGGCAAAAAGUUCAUCAAAAACUCCAUCCUGAAGGUUCAUCAGAGGAUUCAUACCGGUGAACGGCCGUACAAGUGCACGCUGUGCUCCAAGAGCUUUGUACAGUCCCACCACUUAAAGACCCACCAGCGGACACACCUUGCUGGCAGAGUACCAAACUACUGAGCUCCAG